AUGAACAUUAGCUCUUCUCACGAUAGCAAUUUACAAGGUGAAGUUGAAAUUGACCCACAAUUGGUGGUGGACGACAAAUUUUCCGUAAAAAUUCUUUCUUAUGAGGAUAAUACUUUAGGUACUACCGCUACGGCUGUUAAGGAUUACUAUAUAACUGCACAAACUGUCAAUAUUAGCUAA